CUCCAAGUACUCAAAGCGGACAACCAACUAACUGCGGAAGGACAGGAGAGAGAAGACCUAAACAUUGCUGUGUGCCGUCUACACAGUAUUCACAAUCUUACAGAAGAAGACCCUUAUUUGCCAUGGACCCUGUCACAAUUGUUCUGUCCGCUGUGGUCAUUCUAUUUUUGUCCUAUGUUUAUAACUAUCGGGAACAACACAAGUACAAGAAUUUCCCUCCAGGACCAAAACCUUUGCCGAUCAUUGGGAAUAUACACAUGAUCGACAUGGCAAAUCCUCAUAAAACAUUUAUCCAGCUGUCGAAGAUGUACGGCCCGGUAUUCAGCGUCCAGUUGGGCAUGAUGAAGGCGGUCAUCCUAUGUGGUUAUGAUGCUAUAAAAGAUGCUCUUGUAAACCAUGCGGAGGAAUUUGCAGACAGACCGCGCACUCCAGUGCUCGCUAAAUUAAUAAAGGACCAUGGUCUUGCUUUAUCGAACGGUGAGAACUGGAAAGUGAUGAGACGAUUCACUCUUUCAACGUUACGAGAUUUCGGGAUGGGGAAGAAAGGAAUAGAGAACAAGAUCACUGAAGAGGCUGAAUGUUUAAUACAGACAUUUAAGUCAUAUGGAGGAAAACCCUUUAAUAAUUUGACCAUCAUGAACGCUGCUGUAGCCAAUAUAAUUGUUUCCGUACUACUCAGUCAUAGAUAUGAGUACGAUGAUCCAACCAUUCUGCAGCUCAUGAGUGCAAUUAAUGAAAAUAUAAGACUCCUGGGAAGUCCUAUGGUCCGGCUGUACAAUAUUUUUCCAACUGUGAUGGAAUGGCUGCCGGGAGGUCACAGGAAAAUGUUUGAAAACAUCAGAACGUUUCAGGACUUUAUAAGAGCGACAUUUACAAAGCAGAAGAAAGAACUGGAUGUGAAUGACCAGAGGAAUCUGAUUGAUGUGUUCCUGGCUAAGCAGCUGGAGGGCAAGCCAGAAUCCACUUUAUAUUACCACAAUGACAACCUGAUUGCACUGGUGGGAGAUCUAUUUGCUGCUGGUAUGGAGACCACCUCAACCACUCUGAGAUGGGGUCUCCUGCUCAUGAUGAAAUACCCGGAAAUCCAAAAAAAAGUGCAAAAUGAAAUUCAAAGAGUGGUUGCAUCAUCUCAACCCCAAUUGGAGCAUAGGAAACAAAUGCCGUACACCGAUGCCGUCGUUCAUGAAAUUCAGCGGUUUGGUGAUAUUGCACCUGAUGGUGUCCCUCAUGCAACUAAUCAGGAUGUCACAUUCAGGGGCUACUUUAUUCCAAAGGGUACCAUGGUGAUGCCAUUUCUAUCCUCCGCACUGAAAGAUGAAGCCUACUUUGAAAGGCCAGAAGACUUUUACCCAGAACAUUUUCUCACCCCAGAAGGGCAUUUCAAGAAGAAUGAGGCAUUCAUACCAUUCUCAUUGGGUAAAAGAAGCUGUGCUGGGGAAAGCCUGGCUAAUAUGGAGCUGUUUAUAUUCUUCACAUCGCUGCUGCAGAACUUCACAUUCCAGGCUCCUCCCGGAGCUAAACUUGACCUGACACCUGCAAAGGGUUUAACUAGUGCCCCACAGCCUUAUACAAUGUGUGCUAUACCCCGCAGCUAGAACAUAGUUUCAGGCAAGCUAAUUUGAAAUAUAUAUUAUAUUGCUUAGACUUACAGAAUCUAAAUAAAAUAUAACCACUGUGCUGAUAACGUUGCAUUUGCUGACUGUAAUUAGACAAAUAAUAUUUGACAAUAAAAGAUUCCUCAUCA